GUCACUGCACAGUAGUGUCUCCAGAAGCUGCCUUCUUCGAUACCAAUUUUCUUACAAUUGUAGUUUCUUCAAUUCUCUCGUCGAAAAUGGCUUCUUUGAGUCUCCUUUCUCAAUCCGAACACGUUCUCUUUGUGCCUGGAUUCGCCCUUUUGCGUUUAUGCGUCAGAUUCCAGUGCCCUUCUUGGAGCGAGUUUAAGAGGAUUUCAACAAGAGAUAUGGUGGUGGAAAGGAAUGGCUACCACUACUUAACCCAACAGCUUGAACAAAGAAUUUGGGGGCACAUGCAGUACUGUGUGGAUCUUCCUGAGGAGAUCAGCAAACUUGCCAAGGUUAAGGCUCAAGUGACCGAUGUGAAAUGUGUUAUUAUGGAGAACAUUGAGAAGGGUCUUGACUGCAGUGAAAAAAUUGAGCUUCUAGUGGACAAAAUCCGAGAACCUUUGUUGACAAGCACAAGAUUUCAGAGGGUCAGGAACGAAAAUGACAAGAAAGAUGUGGUUUCAGAACAUGAGGAUUAAGGUCAGAGUCCUUGGUAAAUCUUCUAGUAUCAUCUUCGUCCUCUCGGUUUGUCAUGGCUUCAAGUGUGCUUAAUAAUUUGAAAGAAGAAGAAGAAGAUUACGUUGUGGAAUUAUACCAAGCUGAUGGGAACUCUGCCCGAGGUAUCAGGUAUAUGCCCUUCUUUUUUUGUUCUGUUUUCGCGGUCUCUUUUUUUAGUUUUUAUAGAUUUUUCAUUUGAUUAGGGAUAAUGAAAUAUGAUCCUUUAG